UAAACCCUGUCGAUGCAAGCCUCGUUUCAAGCGGACUCCUGAAACACUAGUCACUGUGGCAUGGGAAACGGAAUCAAUAAGGUUCUUCCAGACCUGUACUUGGGCAAUUUCAAAGAUGCCAGAGACAGGGAGCAACUAGCCAGAAACAACAUCACACACAUCCUCUCCAUCCAUGACACCACUGCGCCCAUUCUACAGGAGAUGACAUAUCUGUGUAUCCCAGCAGCAGAUUCGCCCACACAAAACCUAAUUCAGCAUUUUAAGAAGAGCAUUAAAUUCAUGCAUGAGUCCCGACUGAAAGGCGAGGGCUGUCUGGUUCACUGUCUGGCCGGCGUGUCUCGUAGCGUGACGCUGGUGGUGGCGUACGUCAUGACCGUCACCACUCUGGGAUGGCAGGAGGCUCUGUCUGCGGUGAAGGUGGCCAGACCGUGUGCUUCACCAAACGUGGGCUUCCAGAACCAGCUGCAGGAGUUUGAGAGCAGCCAGCUACAGCAGUUCAGAGAGUGGCUGAAGGAAGAGUAUAAGGAGAACCCCUUCAGUGAUGAGGAGGACGUUCGUGACCUGCUGACACAGAUUCCCAGCUCCUCUGCGGCCGAGAACCAGGACUUUGAGUUCAGCUGAGAGCUCGGACAGACCAUUCCUGACCUGUCCUUGUGACGCUCAUCUGGGAUUAGAAAGAUGCUCAUGCGACACGCUGAAAGUGUUUGUAAUGGCACAGCACUGUUUAUUAACUUAUGCACACUUUCUGUAAAUAAGACAUAUUCAAGGUUUUAAUGUUUGCUACUGAUGCGAUGUUCAUGGGAAAUUCACAUUUUGUUGUAUUAUAAAAACUGAUUUAUACUA